CCGAGUAAUGCAUGUCUCAUGCUAAGGGUGCAGCAAUUUUAACGGAAUUUCGCGUCCGAGAGUACUCGCGAACGAUCGUUCGCCUCGUCAUCGACGAUUACAGCUGGAUAUAACCCAUUGUCAUAUAGCUAGAACUUAGUAUAAUGUCUGAAGACUAUCAGCUUGCUUGUGCGAGGGCAGAAUUAUUGGGCUUGUCGAAGCCGACCGAGGAGGAGUGGAGACAGACACAGGCGGAGGCGGCGCAGAACGAAAAUCGUUGCGACGAUGACGACGACAGUGCAUUACAGGAUUUGGAUUACGCGGACGAGAAAGCCAGACGCAUCGGCGGCGGGCUGGACGAGCUGAACAGCAUUUUGAGCAACACGCAGAAGAAGCUCAAUAGAUUCAAGACAGUUUGCGGCAGUCUAGGAUCGUUGCUCAAAGUGAAGGUGGGCUCUCGCAGUGGUACGCCACAUCACAAGCCCGAGGAACCGAAUCCCGAUGGCAAUCAGGAAGUCCAAAAGGAACCGGGACCCGCAGCAGAUGAAGUGAUGAUGGUGGAAACGUCAGAUGAUACGAAUGCUGCGAACGAUCCUGCAAACAGCGGCGUCCAUCCAAAACAAAUUGAUCUUGAUCGAAAAAUGGUGUCUCACCUGGAUAAACUGGAUACUCUAAUCACGAAGGCUGAAAAUGCACAAUAUAGUAUGCAACAUCAGACGAAACAAAUGCGGAAGUUCCUGAAGAAGUAAUCGGAUCUUCCGAAAAAUCGCUACUGUGCAUCGAUUUACAAUUAACGAAAUAAAUUAACGGACCUCGGCUGGAUGAUAAAUUCGUAUAAGCUAUUAUUAUUAAUUAAAUUUAAAUUCGUAUCUUCCAUUUUAAAUAUAUAAAAAAUUCGUAUAAAAAUAUAUUUUACAAAUGAGUUAAUAAUCGCAUAAUAAUUGCAUAAAUGCAUAAAUUUUAAAGUUUUUCAGGGAAGAAUAUGCAAUCUUAUAAGAAAAGAUAAUAAGCAGUAAGCGUCCAGCAUAUAUAUGUAAGAAUUCGUAUAGAUUUACGAUUGUUAAAUUGCGUGUAUAAAGUUCAAUUGUUGCAUCAUAUAUUGAUAUUUUUCUCGUGAUAUAUUUUUGAUCUUGUGAUUGUUAUUGAUUCUUUCAUAUAUUGCGCGACAUUUUUUUUGUCGCUGAAAGCCCAAUAUAUUGUUACGAUAAUACAUAUAUUAUGAAAUGUAUAUACACACGAAUAUUGUUGAUAAAUUUAGUAUUGUUAUGUAGACACGAAUGUAUUUCUGGCAAUCAAGGCUUUGCGCUUACAUCUUUGACAAUAUCGACAUAUCAGGUGUGAAAAAAUGCAUGUUGGCAAAUCGUGCCGAUGAUAAACUUUCCUACUACAAAUAAUGUGAUAUUGUUUUACAUCGAUUUAGAGAUAUUAUAAUCUUCUAGAAACCGUACAUAUAUAUUUUAUCAUCAAAUAUAUAUAGUUUACGCUCUAUUUUUCUAAAUCUAAGUUCUAAACGCCGCGUAAUAAUAAGUGAACAGCAGAUACAUUUUAUUAUUGAAUAGUUUUGUCUUAUUCUGUUUAUGUUUUUAAGUUCUUAGCGACCUAUAAUAUACAUAUACACAUACUGACAUACAUGUGUAUAUAUGUAUGUAUGUAUAUAUGUAUACGUAUGAUGUAUGUAUGUAUGUACGAUUGUGGCUAUUUGUAAGGAUAAAACAUAUUCGCCGUUUCUCAUUGCAUUACAAUUCAAAACAAUAAAUUAUAUUAAGUGCCUUGCUUUCGAUUAUUUCUUAUAAGACACAGUAAUCGCGAUUAGAAAUAUUUGUAAGCCUUUUUGGAUGAAAUCAUUAGAUCUUUUCUUAUUUUCGAAUAAAACGCAAAAUUUCUUUUUACAAAAAUUUUAAUAAAAUUUGAAUUUAUUUUAUAUUUUUAAAAAUAAACACAGACACAGACCAUUCACAUGACGAUAAUCAUUGAAUUUACUAUAAGAAAUACAUUCUACGCAAUAUAUUACUCUCAAAUAAUAUUAAUCCACGGAGGAUUAAGCUUCUCAUAUAUGGCACGUUUCAAAAUUCUUCCAUUCUAUAUAUAUGUACACAAAAAAUAACAUCCCAGCACAGAACAUUGCCGCAAUGUUGCUGCAAUUCUCUGCGCUGUAUAGGAUAAUCUGCUAUACAUAUAUAAAAAAAUAAUGUAUAUUAUUCAAAUAUAACGGCAUUACUAAUAUAAACGACGUUUUUAGUCGUACAAGCAAUAUUUUACAACUAAUAUAUAUAUCCGACUUUAAGCAAAGUGCGCGCGCGCGCAGCAUGUAUACACACAUAUAUACAUAAAUAUAAACACACAUA